CAUCGGGCUAAUUCUGUUUCCGGCUUGUCAUUCCAACCACAUCGUUACAAUACACUUAUAUUGUCAGCAUACCUGUCCGAGGAAUAUGACACAAGCCAGGGUUCAUCAAGGGGGACGACUUUAACCAACCAAAGUAAUUUCGAAGUUUGUCAGUUGCACAACAUCAUAUCAGAAACCAUAUAGACCGGUCUCUGAUCAGUAAAGAGGUUGUAAACACGGAAGGAAAACAGAAUAUCCAGUGAUCUGUCAGCAUGAUAAAAAAAAUCAAGGAGAUGAUUUUUAUGCCAGAAUGCGAUAAAAAUGAGGUCGCGACACACAAGACAACAUCCAGCACAAUACAGGUCCAUCCAUUGACACUCACACCAACAAGACUUUGGAAACAGCUCAGAACUGUGUACAGAGUUGAAAAGUGGAAGCCCCUGUUUCCGUACCCUCCGAUCAGGAAAGACUGUGUUCGGUUUGUUUGUAUUGGUGACACUCACAUGAGACAUGAGGAGAGAAACACUGACCUGUCUUCCGUGAUCCCGCCUGGCGAUGUGUUGUUGCAUGUUGGAGACUUCACCAUGGAUGGCAGCAUGGGUGAAGUGUACUCGUUCAACCAACAUUAUGGAUCUCUUCCCCACAAGGUGAAGCUUCUGAUUGCUGGUAACCAUGACAGCUGUCUGGACGCAAUGUGGAAGCACACAUCUUUUGGGGGGGAAUCAGUCAUGAAUUCCCAGGAAACCCUCCAGAAGAGUCGUGACCUGCUGAGCAACUUCACCUACCUCCAGGAUGCCAUGGUGGAAGUGUAUGGAAUCAAGAUAUAUGGUGCACCAUGGGUUCCUGUGUGUCAUAGCGAUGCCUUCACUCUGCAACGUGGCAUGCCUCUACUACGGCGCUGGAACCUCAUUCCUGAGGAUACCGACAUUCUAAUGACACAUGGACCACCUGUAGGGUAUGGAGAUACACUUGACAAUGGACGCAACGUUGGCUGUGUUGAACUGCUCAAUACUGUGCGGAACCGAGUGCGGCCAAAGUACCACGUAUAUGGGCAUAUACAUGAAGGGUAUGGAAUGUACACAGACGGACAAACAGUGUUCAUCAAUGCAGCAAUGUGUACCAAGGGGUAUCGUCCAGUCCAGGCCCCGAUUAUAUUUGACUUCCCGUUACCUAAAGGGCAUUCCAAAAAUGAACUUGUUGAUCUGUCAGUUAAUGAGUCAGUGCUGCAGUUAACACCUGAUGAGCCUGAAGAAAGAAAUGAAGUGACAGAAGGAAAGACAGCAGAAGUGAGACUGGAUACCACCGCAGAAGAAGUGAGACUUGAUACCAUGGCAACAGAAAUCAGAAAGGAUACCUAUAACCACAGAAGAAGUAAGACUGGAUACCAUGGCAACAGAAGUGAGACUGGAUACCAAGGCAGCAGAAGUGAGACUGGAUACCAAGGCAACAGAAGUGAGACUGGAUACCACGGCAACAGAAGUGAGACUGGAUACCAUGGCAACAGAAGUGAGACUGGAUACCAAGGCAGCAGAAGUGAGACUGGAUACCACGGCAGCAGAAGUGAGACUGGAUACCAAGGCAACAGAAGUGAGACUGGAUACCACGGCAACAGAAGUGAGACUGGAUACCAUGGCAACAGAAGUGAGACUGGAUACCAAGGCAGCAGAAGUGAGACUGGAUACCACGGUAGCAGAAGUGAGACUGGAUACCACGGCAACAGAAGUGAGACUGGAUACCACGGCAACAGAAGUGAGACUGGAUACCACGGCAACAGAAGUGAGACUGGAUACCACGGCAACAGAAGUGAGACUGGAUACCAUGGCAACAGAAGCAAGAUUGAUGCCUUGUGAUAAUAUUUAUAGAUUGUUGUGAUGUGCGCACAUGCAACAACAUCAAAAGAAAACUGAAGUCUUUGGGUAGCCUAGUGGUUACAGUGUGGGCUCGUCACACCAAAGACCUGGGUUCGAUUCCCCACAUGGGUACAAUGUGUGAAGCCCACUUCUGGUGUCCCCCGCCGUGAUAUUGCGGAAGAUUGCUAUAAUGGGGAUAAAAUCAUACGCACUCACUCAAACGAGAACCAGUUGUGGUCUACAUUUACAUGACAUUUGCUUGACAUGGGCCAUCAGUGUGAGAAUGUCAGCACGUUUUGUUCCAUUUUGGGGGAAUUUCCUUUUGUUGAGGAUUUGAAAUAAUGCAUCUUGCCUUGACUAAUUUCUUAUUUUAAUGAAAGCUUUACUUACGAAGACAAUUGUUUUGAUACCAUCAAUAGUUUUUAUAUUUGUUAACUAUUAUUUUUAUAUACUUUUUAAUAUUAUUUUUAAUAUAUACAUUGACUGUGAUAUUGAGAGAUUUUUGAAUUGAUGAAUUGAUUUUUUGGUGAAUCAUAUGUAAUUAUUAUCCAUGCAAAAUACAAGAACCUGUGUGAGUUUGUGCCAAAUUGUUUUUUGGUCAAGCCAAAGUUAACAUAAAACUAAUUUUGUGUGUCU